CUACACUAUCCAAUCUGCUGUGGCCGUUGCUAGACACCGCCAAGAUCAGAUUGAGAGACGCACCAGUACAGCGGGCUAGCGAGAGAUUGCAUUGAAAAGGCUAACGCAAAUUGCUAACUUGUAAGCCGAACCGGGGUUUUGUCUGAAAAGAGAGAGGAAGAUUUUCCUUUUAGACUGAAGCUUUACUUCCCCGGUCCUUUUGGAUCAUGGCUAAAGAUGCUGGUCUGAUUGAAACAAACGGAGAGUUGAAGGUUUUUAUCGAUCAGAAUCUGAGCCCAAGUAAAGUCCUGUCUCUGGUUACUGUUCAGCCCACGGCUCUUCCAGUGGCCAAACAGCUAUUGCCCAAAACCCUAGGGCCCUCCAACGUCAAUAUCGCUCCACACAUGCAACACAUGCCCCACAUGGUGAUUGGAACACCCCAAAGACCUACCGUUUCCAAUACCAUACUGGUCAACAGCCCACACACGCCCAGCUCCCAGUUCCUCACACAGAGCCAACAGCCUGACGCCUCACCAUGGUCUUCAGGAAAACGUGGAAAGAAAGGUGAGAAAAACGGGAAGGGGUUGAGGCAUUUCUCCAUGAAGGUGUGUGAGAAGGUACAGAAGAAGGGCGUUACCACCUACAAUGAGGUGGCCGAUGAGCUGGUGGCAGAGUUCAGCUCCGCAGACAACCACAUGUCGCCUAAUGACUCGCAUGUGUAUGACCAGAAGAACAUCAGGCGUCGCGUAUAUGAUGCUCUUAAUGUGCUCAUGGCCAUGAACAUCAUCUCCAAGGAGAAGAAGGAGAUCAAAUGGAUCGGCCUGCCUACCAACUCCGCCCAGGAGUGCCAAAACCUAGAGGUGGAGAGACAAAGGCGGCUGGAGAGAAUCAAGCAGAAACAGUCACAGCUACAAGAACUCAUAUUGCAGCAAAUCGCCUUCAAAAACCUGGUUCAACGGAACAGGCAGUCAGAGCAGCAGACGAACAGACCCCCUCCUCCCAACUCUGUCAUCCACCUGCCCUUCAUUAUUGUCAACACCAGCAAGAAGACAGUCAUCGACUGUAGCAUCUCCAAUGACAAGUUCGAGUACCUUUUCAACUUUGACAGCAUGUUUGAGAUCCAUGACGACAUUGAGGUGCUGAAACGUAUGGGCAUGGCCUGUGGUUUGGAGGUGGGCAAGUGCUCUCCAGAAGACCUGAAGAUCGCCCGCAGUCUGGUGCCAAAGGCCCUGGAGCCCUAUGUCACAGAGAUGGCGAAGGGUCCAAUCAGUAAUGUCUACAUUACCGGGGGAUCUUCCUCAAACGGAGCACGGUAUCCUGUGGGCAGUGACGGCGGCGCGGACGGCACCAUGGCCUCCAGCUCUAACGACUCGCACUACAGCGGGUCUCGUGUGGAAACUCCAGUGUCUUACAUGGGCGACGAUGACGAGGAGGACGACUACGAUGAGAACGACGAUGAAGACUAGCCUGGCUCUCCGUGUCCACGCCUCUCCAACAAGCACAGUCUUUCUAACCACAUCACCAUGGGAUUCAAGCCCACUAUUUUGUGUGUGUGUGUGUGUGUGUGUGUGUGUGUGUGUGUGUGUGUGUGUGUGUGUGUGUGUGUGUGUGUGUGUGUGUGUGUGUGUGUGUGUGUGUGUGUGUGUGUGUGUCUCCAUCCACCUUCUCUUUUUCCCUGUUCCUGUAUUCGCUCGGCCUGGCUUUCUCAGGGGUGUAGAACAAACAGGAGGUGAACACUGGGUGCGUCGUUCCCUCUGUGUGUGUGUGUGUGUGUAUGUGGCUGCUGAAUCACACAGGCACCUGCAGCAUAGCUCUGGGGGCACUCUCGUGCAUGGCAGCAGCACUGUGCAGAAGCCUUUUAGAUAUUUCCUUGUAUGUCUAAUCAACUACUCAAUAAGCCAUCCCAGUUCAAAAAUAAAGACAAGCAAAAAGCCCCCCCCAUCCCCCCCCAACUUCCUUCUUCAAACCCACUGCUGUUGGAGAAUGUAUAGUGUACCGUGUGAAAUAGUUAUCUUGUUUUGUUGUGAUCGCAUUUUGGCAGACGUUGGGGGGCAGGGUGAUUCAGUGUUCCACGAUGGCUGCCAAAGUGUCGGUGUAGACCUGCCGUGUCAGCACAACUCCGUGGAUCCAGCCUCAAUUGUUGCCAUGGUGUCCUACGAUAGGACCCAAAUCCAUUGCCCGUGUUGAAUACUUUCAGUUUCGAUUUUGUUUAGUGUUUUUUUCUUUUUGGACGAAUUAUCUCCAGCAGUUUCUUCACCCCGAACCCCGCUGUGGUGGGCUGACUUCCCUCUGUUCUGUAGGCAGCUGCUUUCAUGAGUUUAUUUUUUUCAGUUUGUUGCUUGUUUACUUUUGUAUACUGGAGAUGAUGAGUUCUCUUCACCGCCCCGUCACACCUUGUUAGUGUUUACAUACAAACGACACCAGCAAGGUACCGACCUUCGAAACCCAGGCUCCCUAUAGGACGAUAAGCUUUGUUUGUUAUUACGUAAAUGGACCCUAUGAUGAUUGUAGCUUAUAGUAUCCUCUAGAGGCCAGUGGUCAAAGGUAGACCUGGAAACUACCGAUGUAUGGAAUAUGUGGUUGUGACGGCUUUAUGUACUCUCCUAAAAGAUCUCAUUUUUAAAGCUGAGCAACACAUGUACGGACUCUUCCAAAUACCUUUUUCUGUAAUCUAAUAUAAGUUUGAAAUUAAAUAUAGAUUGUUUUAAUAA